CAUAUCUAUCUCUUCUGUCACAUCUUUUGGUCUAAAGAAGCCUAUAGAAUAGCAGAGAAGAUAUAAUUACAAGGUGAUUGAAAGUGAAUAUAGGGUUGAUCUGAUCAUAUAAACAAGGUGAUUGAUAGAUUAUAAAAGUGUAGUGUAAUCAUGCCUCGAAGAUAUGAGUUUGGGAGGACGGAUGAUGCGACUCAUCCGCAUACCAUGCGAGCUACUUUGGCCGAGUUUCUCUCCACUUUUGUCUUUGUUUUUGCUGCUGAAGGCUCUGUCCUUGCUCUUGAUAAGAUGUACAGUGUGAGAGCGCUAGGAGCAUCAAGCCUGCUGCUGAUUGCACUUGCGAAUGCAUUCUCCUUCUUCGCGGCAGUGGCUUCCGCCAUCAACAUCUCCGGUGGCCACGUCAAUCCGGCCAUCACUCUCGGUGCACUUGUUGGUGGCAGACUCUCUCUUGUUCGUGCCAUCUACUAUUGGCUUGGACAAUUGUUGGGUGCUGUCAUUGCCUCUCUUUUGUUGAGGUUCUCUACCGAUGGCAUGAGACCAGUUGGAUUUGAAGUGGCAUCAGGCGUUGGAACCUGGCACGCAUUGUUGAUGGAGAUAAUACUCACUUUCGCGGUGAUGCACGCCUACUACUCAACCGCCCUUGAUCCCAAACGAGGCCAUCUGGGAACCAUUGCGCCUCUCGUAGUUGCACUCAUGGUUGGCGCAAGUGUACUAGUUGGAGGGCCAUUCUCCGGAGCGUCGAUGAACCCGGCUCGAGCAUUCGGACCGGCCUUGGUAGGCUGGAGGUGGAGCAACCACUGGAUAUACUGGCUAGGUCCUUUCAUCGGUGCUGCAUUGUCUGGUGUGGUCUAUGAGUUUGGAAUUAUCGAGGCCGAUCCGGCUCCGGUGGCCCGGCAUCCGACUCAUCAGCCCUUGGCUCCGGAGGAUUACUGAGGUGGUGAGUUGUGAAAAUGGGGAAUGUGUGUUUUAGUGUAAAAGGGUUGCUGGUGGUGUGAGGUGAAUAAAAAGUCUGUCUAGUUUGUUUGUUCAUGUGUUUGGGCUAGGACAGUUGGUGUGUGUGACUGUGUGUUGGUUUAGUGGUGUUGAACAUUGUUCAUUAUUGUGUGUGUUUGUGGACUUUGUGUCGAUUGUAUGUAUGGUCAGUUUGUUCUGUUCAGUAAUAAUCGGAGCACAGUUAUUGUUUGUGUAUUUUAAACUCAAAAAUUUAAGAAAAAUACUU